CUGACGAAUCCGGAGCGCUUUCAUCAUCAGUGUCCGGGGUUGGUCCUCCUCCAUCCCGAGUCCAAGCGAGCAGCAGCAGAGGCACAAACAUGUCUGCUAGAGCUCCAGGAGCAUGUGUCAUGUCGGGUUAAUCAUGUGUAAUGUCCUGGGAUGAUAUGGGCUCGGCGGAAGACGUGACAGUUGUCCGCGGGCAUCAUGAGGAUAUUAACGGCGUCGGGGCUCUUCCUGGCCUUCUGCUCCAUCGGGCUCUUGACCAUGGCCAUCAGCACGGACUACUGGUACGAAACAGAUGCGCGGAAACACCGGGACCGAUGCAAAAAAUACGCCAGCAAGAGAAAUGACCCAGGAUACAUAUACAUCUCCAACCAGAACCUCCCACUCCGGAUGCGACCUAAAGCGAGUCCUCUGCGGGAAUCCUCGCACCCUGAGCCGGUCACGGAAGCGCGCUGCAGCCGCCGCUACAACUCAACCACAACCGGACUCUGGAGGAAAUGCCACCGAGAAGGCUUCGAUCUGGAGAACGAGGACCUGAUUUUUAAAGGUUUGCUUCAGCGUUGCACGCCGGUGAAGUAUUACUAUACUUCGGUCAAUAUCCCACGGAAUCUGCCUGUGAACAUCACCAAGACAAUAAGACAAGACGAAUGGCAUGCUCUCCACUUGCAGCGGAUGACGGCAGGUUUCAUCGGUAUGGCUGUGGCCAUCAUUGUGUUUGGCUGGAUGGUCGGUGCUCUGGGCUGCUGGAAACACAAUGAGCUGAUGCAGUAUGUAGCUGGACUGCUCUUCCUGAUGGGAGGCACCUGCUGCAUCAUUUCCUUGUGCACAUGUGUGGCUGGCAUUAACUUCGAGCUCUCGCGGUACCCACGCUACCUGUACGGCCUGCCAGAGGACAUCAGUCACGGGUACGGCUGGUCCAUGUUCAGCGCGUGGGGCGGUCUGGGUCUGACGCUGCUGGCUGGGUUUCUGUGCACUCUGGCGCCCUCUCUGCACAGUCCCCAGAUCAGCAGCAGCACACACAAACCUCGACAGGAGAACGGCAUUGUGUGAGGCUCGCACACUCCACGCACCACACGCAUAGAUCCGCUAGCACAGACUCAACACGCUGAUAUAGACAAGGUCUUUACAUGUCAGAGAGAAAUGGCAAAUAAACAGUCACACAUACUGCAGACACUGUGCAGACACUCUGCUAUAACAUGACGGUGAGAAUAAAUCAUGAUGCAGAGUGCAGCUGAGCUAAACAUGCUGGAGCUGAAAGAAAACAUACACUGCAAAUAGUGUCAAUCAGCACGAUUGUCUUAUUUUCCAGAAAAAAAGAGUGGGAAAAUCAUUAAAGGUGCUGUAUGUAAGAUUUUGACUACUAAAGCAUAAAAAUAUCAUAAUAUGUUUGCAGAAACAUGCUUAGUUAAAAUACUUGUUUACCUGAAAAACAAUACUACAGUCAGUUAUUCUCAGUGCCGGAAAAGUUGGUCUCUGUUUUAGUUCACUGCCAGUUUACCCAGUUGUAUUUUGGCACCCUUGGUUGCCAGCUGGCGGAAAACAGUGUAUUUAAUUUCAUUCAUCAUCAAGUGCACUCGUUCCUGUUUGUGUCAUCAAUCUGGCAACCUGCAUGUGCCUCAAGUCUGAGGAGAAGGGCCAGAAAAAAAAAAAAAAAUCUCCAAUAUUUUGAAUUUGGAGUGCAAUACCUUGUUCAACCACAGCACCUUUUAAAGUAUAGUAGUAGUAGCCCUUUAAAAAGUUAAUACCUUUUAAAGUAUAUAUUUAAAACAAUUGUACUGGC